AUGACCCUUAAGGGUGGAACAACUCAGGCAUGUGCAGCAUGCAAAUACCAGAGAAGAAAGUGCACUCCUGAAUGCCUUCUUGCUCCAUACUUCCCUGCAGACCAACCCAAGAUUUUUCAAAAUGUCCACAAGCUAUUUGGAGUGAGCAACAUCACAAAGUUAUUAAAGAUCUUGGAGCCUACUCAGAAGAAAAUAGCUAUGGACUCUAUCAUUAUUCAAGCUAAUUAUAGAGAUAAGUAUCCUGUUCAUGGCUGUUGGGAGGAAAUCUGCAGGCUACAAUACCAAAUAUGGUUGGUUGAAGAAGAGCUUCAUGCUGUUUAUCAACAGCUUGAAAUGUUCAGGCAACACCAUCACCAUCAAGUCACUUCCAUUCCUGAUGAUGUCACUUCACAAUUAGAAUUGGGAAUGGCACCAAGGACUAAUGCCAAUGCCAAUGCCAAUGCCAAUGCCCUCCCACUCUUUAAUCAUACUCCACAACCACAGACUUACAACAACACAGUUGCUGCUUUGUCUCUAUCUCAGCAACAUUCCUACUCCAACAGCAACAGUGUUGAUUAUAACCCCUUGUACAUGGAUUCCAAGGAUAAUGCCACAAACCCUUUGUGGCUUCAGCACCCUUAUGCAAAUAACAAUAGCAAUUCCAUAGGCAUGCCAACUCAGUUGGUUGCCUCACAGUCACAGCCACUAGCCAUUCAACAAGAAGUUGUUGAAGAUUAUGAUGAGAUGCAUCCAUUUUUUGAUACAAUUGAUGAUAGGCAAUCUUACAUUUAUUCCAAGGAGGCUUAUGAGUCAAGUUCAGAAGAAUCACUGAAAGAUACGACAAAGUGCACUGAGCAUGUUUCUGAGAAUGAAUUGAAGAGUGCUGCUGCAUGCUUCAGCCUAGUGUCAACUGAUCGGUGA